CAAAAUGGCGGACAAGUCGUACUGACAGCAAGAAAGUUAAAACGUCGAACUGCAUUACCUUCUACAGCGUAUUUAUAACAUUUUGUGACAAAAUAACAGUACUAGGAUGAAUUCAGAUGAUUUUAAGAGAAAAACCAGUAUUGCCCUCCAAAAGUCUUCACUAAGUCAAAGAUGUGAGGAAGUCCAAAAAAUAAUUGAUGACUAUUCCACUAAGGAGCUACAUGGAUUUUUCCCAGAGCUUCUUGGAAGUAUAUUUGGUUAUAGCAACAAUAAUAAUGACUGGGGACUUAGAAAAUUAUCCCAGCGAUCUGGAGCAUUUGAACAACUAUCAAAAUUCCUGGGGCCAUCUGGAGCGAUAUUCAAGUUGAUUGACAAACUUCAAGUUGAUGGAUACUUAAAAUAUGAAUUCUUCAUCAAAUGUCUUCCAAUGCCAUCCCAAAACUCAUUAGCAGAGGGGAAUAUCCCAGUUCUUUACCACAACAAAAUCCACAUUUCCAAUACUGCCAGUUCUAACUCUUCGAGAGUAGUACUUCUUGAUGCUUUUGAGUACUUCAUGUUUCAUUUUGCUUACUAUCUUGUAUAUCAACAGAACAUUAGCAGUACAUCUCAAGAUUCAAAUGGGACAACUGAAGUCCAGACAUUAUACUUGGCCAUCCUUGAAAGCUAUCUUACUCAUUUUUUGUCUCCUGCGACAUCAAUCCAACCUAACACCUCAACAUCAUCAAGUCUGUCUGGCAGAAAUCAAGCACCUUGGUACAGUACAGGGAGCUUUCACAGGUUGCCACAGAACCAGGCACAGUUUAGCGGUCUUAUCCGAGCAUCACCGUCAGGACAUAUUCCUCCAGUCCAAGGUCACAGUACAUAUGACCAUAGCACCGGAGAGAUAUGGAAGUCUGAAACUUUUUUACAGAUCCUUAUUGAGUUUUGGCUCAACCAGAAUACCAUGGAUUCUGUAACAAGUAAUGUUCUUUCACAUGGACAGGUUUAUUUCAUGCCAAGUGUUGAUUUAGUGCAGGCUGUUAGAAUGUUAAUCAAGCAGGUUCACUUGUUUGUGUAUGACAGUGGAAUAGAAGCCUUAAAUCAAUCUGCUCUCAGUCCUAUUGAAGAACUAAAGAGGAAUGUCAUUCAACAGAUGUUACAGAAGAAGCUGUAUUGCUUCAUUAGACACGGUUUUGCUCACUGGCCUCUAGAUCCAUCCUUUCGAGUGAUUGUAGAGACAUGGCUAAGUUUUAUUCAGCCCUGGCGAUAUGCCAAGAAUCCUCAGGCACUCAAGACUGAUUCUACUAAUGUAUUUAGCCAAGAAUGGACUUCUUUUGUACAAGAAAACUUCCUAUUUUAUACUGAGGUUUUACAGGAGUUUGUCCUGCGAGGGUUAAAACUGGAUCUUUAUUCUCACAAAGAUGUUUUCAUUCUGGUUAGGGUUACCAAGGUUUUUGCUCAAGAGGGACUUGCAGAUGUCAUUCAGGAAGUUGAAAAGCUACUUGUGCAACCAUCUGUGAAUGCUAAAGGACCUCUGAGAGGGUCCCCUUCUAGUAUGGGUGUGUCAUUAGGGUCCUCCUUGAGAUCUAACAUGAUGGACUUGGAAGGACCUUCCUUCUCCUAUGUGCCAAUCUUUCAGGAACCCGGAAGUGAAAAGCUCGAACGUCUUCGUUUCAACAUCUCCAGUGCGUUGGCCAAUAUUCGUAACAAGCAUCCGGGCAUGGCUGGACAGACCACACAGGCAGCCCAAGGCCCUAUGGCGUGGUUCAAGAGCCUGUUAUCAGGAGAGUUUUUUGACGAAGAUUACAGCUCGAAGCGGGACACGGAUAAGGUCGCGUUAUACCUCGAACAGUCAUAUGAGAGCCUCGCCAGUAUUGUUAAGGUCAGUAGUGACGUGACCGAUUCAGGUGAUCAAACAAUCCCGCGGGCCACCCCCAGUGGAGCGAGAGACAGGACUCUUCCUAGUUUAUCAUCAAGUACUAGCUCUCAGGGAUCUAUACCAGAGUGUAUUCAAAAUGAGCGAGGGCAGUUGAUUGUUACGCACAGAGGAAGAUUCCAGAUGAUAAAUGGUUUGCGUCGAUUUGAAGUACAAUACACUGGCGACCCUGAGCUACAGCCAAUAAGGAGCUACGAAAAUCCAACUCUUGUCAGACUUCUUUAUCGAUUUUCUACCUAUCUCAACUCCAAGAUUGGUGACCACCUCCAUCAAACGUACAAUAAUACAGGAUACCUGAGCACCAUAGCAUGUACACUGUCCCCAUGUCUCAAGACCCCCUCACAUAACGGCCCAGGCACUUCACCGGUAUCAAAUGCCCAGACCUGUCACGCGGUUCGGGAUCCUCGGAUAAGUUUACGUUUUCUCGCAUCGUACAAGACAAUGUUCUAUCUCAUCAUGCUGUAUCUACUGUGCAAGGUUUUCUCGCUCAAAUCAUUGACUAUACUAGCUUUGUUUAUCCUUGUCCUGUUCUUCUCUUUUAUGGGACAUGUCUGUCCGAAGCACUGUGAUAGUGAUACUCUGCAAAAGAAACUGUUCUGAAGUGACUGGACGUUAUCACCCUGGAACAUUCUGCAAACUGAAAGUCCUUUAGGAGAUCGUUUUUCUAUAGAACUAAUGCUAGAGCGGAAACAGCAAAUAAAACGUGCAAAUCAAAAUCACGAGAUUUCAUGGCUGGAUAUUUCAGAAGGUUAUUAUGAAUUCGGCUCUACAAAGGUAAAGGAGAUCAGACUCCUUUACCUCCUCACCUCUUUCAUCAACUCCGCAUAUGGUCUUUGACUUUUACGCGGUAGAAUGUAUUGCAUGACACGAUAGUCACGUGAUUAAAAUAAUAUGACAGGCUUGUG